UGAUGCUAGAAGAGUAUACCAUCACAUGUACAAACUUACAUCAUGCUCCAGUGCCACUUGUGUUGUUGAGCUGUCUCACCAAGCAGUGGACCUUGAUACAGUGAGUAUGCCACUGAUAAAGAGAACUCUACCCCUGGAAUUGUUCAAGAGGGUCAAAAAGGAGAAAAAGUCAUUUGAGGAUAAUUAUGGCAGAGUCUCUUCAAAAACUGAUCAUCACUGGCAGAGCGGGGUUGAGGACGUCACCAAGGACCACACAGGCUCAAACAGACUGGCACAUAUUUCAAGGCACCACAGGGAAAAGGAUAACCAAAGCCUUGGCAGUGAUCACACUGAGUUGUAUGGGAAAGACAAAGACCUGGAUGACAGUGCUGAUUUAAUCAUAGUGGAAGCCUUGGAAGACCCAUAUAUUAUUAAAAAGUGUCCAGAUGUACCAAUGACUGGAGGUCUGUGCAAUACCAUACAAGGGCAGGUCAGAUCUUACCUUCACGAAAAUGAGAACUAUCUUGUUGUGGAAGACCUUUGCAGAAUCUUUAGUGACACUGAUAUCUAUGAGAGACUGGAAAAAGAUAAUUAUAUCUUGUACUCGUGUACAGCCGAGAUUGGAGAUUUCUUGAAUGGAAUCAAUAACAAUUUUCCGCGAUUACGCUCAGUUCAGCAGUGCCUGAUCAAAGGAAAUGAUAUAGGAGCACACAUAACAGAGGAAGAUUAUAUUACUUCUAAUGUAGCUCCUAUUGUUGGAAAUGGUUCCUCAAAAAGGCCUAUUUGUAAGCAAGAAAUCUUUGAUGAUCUCUGCAGUUCUCCAAAACAAAGGAGGUGUGAUUUUCCACCAUUAAAUGAGGAACAGAAGAUGGUGUCAGUUGAGUCACCCGGAGCAAAUAGCCUCAGUGAUGAUUCAGAUUCCCAAGAAAAUAGUGCCACAGUUAUUUUCAAUGAAGAAGAGCAUCUCGCAAAUGAUAGUAGAAGAGUUGAUGAUAUUUCAUUGAAUAACUCAUCGACUGAUACAAUAAAAUUAACGAUAGGCAUUUUGAAUGAUAUUAAAAUAAGAUCAGAAUCAAGAGCCAAUGAGAGUUCAGAUUUACUCACCAGUAAAAUAGAUUCUCAUGAUGCAGCUUUUCCUAAAGAUAUUAUUCCUGUCACUGUUACAAAUUAUGCUAUUGAUGGCCCCAGUAUUGCAAAUUGUGACAUGCCUGAAUUACCAGGUGUGUCAGAUUCACAGAACCAAGUGAACGUAGGUCCCAGUGUGUCAGGGUCUGAUAUUUCCUGCAGUGAAGAACCAAUGGAAAUGUCUGAUAAUUUAUCAGACACCACUGCAACUGCACAGUCAUGUGAUGCUGAGUCUGAUCAAGAUAAAAGGCCUGAAACUACUGAAACAGAGACUUCAUCCAGUCAAUCUGAAAUUGAUGUCAGUAAUGACUGUGCAAAUUUCAAAGAAAACACUGAACUCUUCAACACAGAUAAGGCCACUGGCAAAGAUGUGUCUGAUGAACUUCAUUGUGGCACCUCCAAUGCUAAGAAUUUCCUUUUGAGAGUCCAUGGCUUGAAGCUCAGAGACAAGCUACUGGAGACCAAGAGAAAUACGGAUUUGUCCAAUUCAAGUGCACAGCUGUCUAGUGAUUUAAGAUCAUGCACAACCUCCACAGGAGAGGCAUGUGGGGAAAUGACUGCCUGUCUGUCAAUGAAAUCUGUAUUGAAUGAUGUCACCGAUGUUAACUCUGAAAGCAGUGUUUUGACUUUUGAAAAAACAUCAUCUGUAUUUCCAGAAUCUUUUAAUGAUCCUAAUCCCAAUUUUAACACAGUAACUGAAUGUAAUGAUGUUAGUGUCAGUGACAAUCCCAGUGCAGUGGAUGUUGAAAAUAAUAACCAAUCACCUGGCCAGUCAGUAACAGAUGAUACUGAUAACAAUAAUACAAUAGAGCACAUGUCUGAUGUAGUGCCAAAAGCUGACAUCAAAAAGGUUGUGAGCAACAACUUUGCACCAGCUUCUAAUACAGAAUCUGAGACUAUUGAAACCACAAAUGUCCCCCCUGCCAGUAGUGUUUCAGCUCCUAAACCUCCAUCAGAGUUCAGUGAUUUGACUCUGGUGGAUGGAUUCAGAGUGAGGGUCAUCUCAAAAUCAGAGGCCACAGACAAUAGUUAUGAUGGAUCUCUGGGCUCACACACAGAAUCAAGUGGUAAAAAAAAGCACCCAGAAUCAAGUACGUCUUUACCUGCUCCAUCAGCUGUUACUUCAUCCUUUGGUCAGCCUCCUGUAUUCAAAAUAAAUUUACAUCAUGACAGAACUCUUGAUGAUAUGGAAAUCAUGAAUUCUUCAAGUACAGACCCUUUAGGUAUGAAUGAUAUGUUUAAAAAGUUAAUAAAAAAUGAACUCCACACAGGAGGCUAAAAUAUUUAAUUGGAGUAGAAAAUAAUGACAAAUAUUGACAGUUGGCAAACAAUGGUCAUUGUUUGUUUGAUGUGAUUCCUUGGUUAGAUUUUAUCAUUUCUUUAUUAAUUUAGUGAAUGUUGAUAAUGAUGCUUUGUCCUAAGACCAAUAUUGUCAGAUUUUAUAACUUAUAAAGUUAGUGAUAAAUAGUUAAACUUUUUACUGUUUGAAACUUUUAGACAUGGUAAGAAACUUCCGGGUGUAGGAUCAUUGACAGAGUUGGUUUAUGGUAAUACCCACACAAAACGGUUUGUUAUUUUAAAAAAUGUCUACAUAAAUAUAUUACAUUGCAAUGGUCUUCACUCAUCUAUAAUAUACCUGUAAUAAUAUUUCGUUUUUGCAGCUGCUCCCCCAUUAACUCCACUUACCUCAGAAAAGACUAGGAAAAAAGAUUAUGCCAAGCUUCGCAGACAGAACAAAGCUCUUUUAGGUAGGGUAACUGUUUUUAACUGAAAAAUUGAAAUUCUGUGAUGCUUCACAUGAAAAAAAAAUGUUUUAAUCAAAUAAACUCAUAUUAGAGGUGUAGAAAAGGAAUGGAAAGUUUGGACUUUUUUAAUAUUUAAUAAAGUUUAAACUUUAAAAAAUUUAGUAAAGUUUAAUGACUGACAUGUUGAGAAAUAUUGAAAAUUAUAAAACUGAUUAGAUCAGGAUUGAUUAAUAAUAUUUUUGUUCAGUAUGUAAUAGAGAAAUUUAUUUAUUGGACUUUAUUGAAGGGUAACAUCCAGAUAUUACUUCAGUUUAUUCUGACAUAUGAAAGAAACUAUGGAGGAAAAACCUUAGUUUUAAAAGUGCUGUCAUUUAAAAAAAAAAAAAUCAAAUUAAUUGGUUUUGAAUUGUUUGCCAUCUCUUACAUUAAAAUUUGAUAAAAUUGGUUAUAUAUGUCUAUUUUGCUUAGAUGUUGUGCACAUACUUCGAAAAGAACUGGCUACAGCUAAAGAUGGAAAAGAAAAGGCAGAAAGGAUUUGCAAAUACUAUGAAGGUAAAAAAAAAAGAAAAAAAUAGUUAAAAAAAAAAAAAAGAAAUUAUAUUUGGGCUUUGAAUAAACAUUUAGUAUAAUAUGGUCAUCAAAGGUGACUGUGGUUGGUAUCCAUGAUGACUAAACAUUGCAGAGAAAAAUAUUUAAGAGAAAUUGUUUUGUUUAUGAAACACGUACCCAUUUUCGUGCAGUGGUAUUAUUGAAUUAAAGCUAGUGUAGAUCCAUUGCCUACUGUACAAGUACACAUGUACCAUAGUGUGCUUUCGUUCCCAGUCUGAGCUCACCAAAAAUCUAAUAAAGUAAAUCACGUGUCAAACUCAAUGCCCGUGGGCAACGUCUGGCCUGCCGUAUAAUUAUAUCUGGCCCGAGAGAGAAUUUUAGGCAAAAAUAUUUUUUAAUUACCCUGCAAUAUAAAGUGCAAAUCAAAUUCCCUAAUUAGCAGCCUUGCCGAACGAUAGGCUAACUGAGAGCGUUCUGUCUUCGAUCAGAAUAAGCAGAAAUAAAAGUUGUGUAGUGAGUGGAUGUUCAUCGUUACAGUAACCUAGUAACCAUCGGUAAUUCGUUUGGGAUUGGCGCAUAAGAAAUGAAAGAAGUGUAGUGCCUGGAUAUUGCAUCGAUUUUUUCGUUACGGCCUACAUCUUAUCAAUCAAGCUUCUGUCGGUAGAUGCACAACCUUUUUUAAAAAUUGAAGCUAGCCUUAAAAUGGCCAAGAGAAAAGUUGAUUCUGAAAACAUAGGCUUUUCAAAGCCGCUGGGAGGCUGAAUAUAAUGUUAACUGAUAUUGGCGGUAAACCUGUGUGUCUUAUUUAUGGAGAUAAUGUGGCCGUGAUCUCUGAAUAUAAUCUGAGACAGCACUACGAGACUAAACAUCUAGACAAGUUAAAAAGCCUGAAUGCAGAGCAGAAGCUACAGAAGGUAGAAGAAUUGAAGAGAAAUAUAGCAUCACAGUAGACGUUUUUCACCAAAGCAAAAUCACAAACUGAAGCUGCUGUGAAAGCAAGUUUUAUUGUGGCUUGGGAGAUCGCAAAAUCAGGCCUACCAUUUACAGAAGGAGAGUUUCUGAAGUGCUGCAUGAUGAAAGUGUGUGGUGUCUUGUGUUCAGACAAAAAGCAGAUGUUUGCAAAUGUAAGCCUUAGCAGAAAUACGGUUGCUGAUCGGGUUUGUGAGAUGGCCACUGGUGCGACAACACAGCUGAUGGAAAAAGGCUAAGACUUUGUUGCAUUCUCACUUGCUUUCGACUGACACUUCACAACUCGCCAUCUUCAUCCGUGGAGCAGACCUUUUUACUCUUGCGAUUUUGGCGUACAAUGUACGAUUUGGAGAUGUAAACAUUAUAUAUACUGUAUUUUUAUUUUGUACUAUUAAGAUAAUGUAUUGAAAGAGUUUGUGAAGAUAUUGUAUGAUUCUAAGAGUUUGAGGGUAAACAGGUCUGGUGGAGUGGACUCCUGUUUGAAGGUUACAGAAGAAAUAUUGGACAAGACGUGCAUGCAUGGGGCAACAACAGGAAAAGAUAUUUUUGACAACGUAUGUCAAAGUUUAACCAACAUGAACCUGCCUUGGGACAAACUUGUUGGACUUACAACAGAUUGAGCACCAGCGAUAAAAAAGUGGACUAGUUGGUUAAAGAUGCAGGAGAACUGUACUUUUGAAUUGAUAGCAUAUCACUGCAUCAUGCACCAAGGAUCACUGUGUGGGAUAAAGUCAUCAAGAUGGAAGGUGUAAUGAGCACUGUAACACAAACCGUCAACUUUAUCAGAGUCAAAGUCAUUUCAAGUGAAUCUGCGGGAGACACAAAGGCACCAGUGCAACUUGUCUCACUUUUCUUGUUGCCAAGCAAUGUUGAACCAAGUCAACGCUAUGGUGUUUCCCAAUGCACACUUUGCUGAAAAAUUUUGUUUACUUCUCGUUGAGUUGGCACGGCGCUCUAGUGACUUUGAAGCACAGAAAAUUAAUUUUGAGCAGUUUCUUACCCCAUUUGUCAUAGACAUGGAAACUGCAUCUGUAAAUUUCCAGAUGGAGCUAAUAGAGCUGCAGUGUAAUAGGACACUAAAGGCAAAGUAUGACACUGUGGGAUCUGCACAGUUCACUUGUUUCAUUCCUGAAGAGAUGCCCCAGCUUGGUCUACAUGUGGCUCGAACCUUGAGCAUGUUUGGUAGCACAUAUUUUUGUGAGCAGCUGUUUUCUGUGAUGAAGAUUAACAAAACAUCACACAGGAGUCUUCUCACUGAUGAACACUUGUAGUCCAUCAUGGGAAUCUCAAUGACACAGAGCAAUACUCCCAAUAUAAAUGAACUUGUAGCUAAGAAAAGAUGUUAAACACCCAGCUCUGACAAAAUGACAUAAGAGCAGAAAUGGGUAUGCCAAGGAUUUUUUAUUAUUCAAACUUUUUGUUUUGUUUUAAUCUAUAUUAAUGUUUGAAAAAGGUUUCAUUAUCCCCUUAUUGAAUUUUUAUCUUGGUCUGCCUGCAAUCUUACGUAUGAUUAGAGAUUUGGCCCGCUGAGCGAUUAAGUUUGACACCCCUGAUUAAAUCAAGUCUUCUUGGGUAUCUAUCCUUUUAGUGCUAUUCUUAAAAUUUGUUCACUGCACACUCAACAUGAUUGUCCACCCUUUGGUACUUGGAGGCAAUGAACACACCCUUGAGGCAGCUGAUCCUACAUGCUUUGUGCUCAAUAUCCGCAAUUAAGAUUUUUUAUCUCUUUAGCCAGCCCAUGCGCAUCAAGUCCUGAGCUCAGGCGUGCAUUGACUGUUGUAUGACGCAACACCUAGUUGAAUUAUUUCAGAAAGCCCUGUCAGUGGUGUUACAGUCCAUUAUAUUUCAGUUCAACUCUUUUCACAGUUCAUAGGCCUGGCUUUCUAGGGUUUUCUUAUGGCUUUUACCCCGUCUGAGGCAUAGCCCGUCUACAAGAAUUUUCCAUUCAUCUUGAUCCCAUGCUUUCCUUUCCAGUUGCUUCCAGGUGUAUCCCAUACUUUGUGUGUCAGCAUCUAGCUUGCGUCUCCAUGUAUUCUUAGGCCUGCUUGACUUUCUUUCUCCCUGUGGAUUCCAUGUUAGCUAUUGUCUGGUGAUGUUAUAUGGGGAUUUAUGAAGAGUAUGUACUAUCCACCUCCAUCUUUUCUUUAUGAGGUCUUCAGCAAUAGGCUCCUGGUAUGUCCUUUCCUAUAAGUUUUGUUGGUGAUGAUGUUUGGUCAUUUGAUGUUCAGUAUCUUUCUAAGGCAAGUGCUUAUGAAGGUAUGUUUCUUCUGCGUGAUGCUCACUGUUGUUCUCCGAGUUUUGGCUCCAUAGUGUAGGAGUGUUUUGAAAUUUGUGUUGAAAGUAUUGACUUUGGUUUUCCUUUGACUCCCAUAUUUUUUUCAAUAGCACAAACGUUGACCUAGCCUUUCCAAUUCUUGUUAUUACAUUCGCUUUGGCUCCAUCUUUUAUGUCAAUAGUGCUGCCUUUGGCCUCCACUUCAUCCAGUGCAUUUCAUGCCGGAGAGAUAAUUUCUUUGUUGGCUGAGUUUACCUUCAUGAUGCUUUUCUUACUUUUAUUUAUUUUGAGUCCGAGGUGUGCUGAAAUGUUGGCUACAUCGUUUGUCUUUUCCUGACUUUGUUGUUGGUGGUGGGACACAAGUGCAAUGUCAUCUGCAAAGUCCAGGUCAUUCAUUUGUUCCCAUGGUGUCCACUGUAUCCCGUUCCUCUUUUUGUCAGUGGAUUUUUUUCAUUAUCCAGUCAGUGGCAAGGAUUAAUAGAAAGGGGAACAAGAGACAACCUUGUCUGACUUCUGUUUCCACUUUAAAAGCAUCUUUAAGUCUACCUUUGUGUUCCACCCGGGAUGUCAUCUUUGAGUCUAACUUCGUGUUCCACCCUGGAUGUCAUCUUUGAGUCUACCAUCAAGUUCCACCCUGGAUGUCAUAUUUGAGUCUACCUUUGUGUUCCAUCCUGGAUGUCAUCUUUGAGUCUACCUUCGUGUUCCACCCUGGAUGUCAUCUUUGAGUCUACCUUCGUGUUCCACCCUGGAUGUCAUCUUUGAGUCUACCUUCGUGUUCCACCCUGGAUGUCAUCUUUGAGUCUACCUUUGUGUUCCACCCGGGAUGUCAUCUUUGAGUCUACCUUAAUGUUCCACCCUGGAUGUCAUCUUUGAGUCUACAUUCGUGUUCCAUCCUGGAUGUCAUUUCUUCAUAAGAACUCUGGCUGACCCUGACUUGUUUUCCUGUUACCCCAUAAUGCCGGAGAAGUUUCCACAAGGUUUGUCGGUCCAGGCUAUCAAAGGCCUUUUUGUAGUAGAUAAAAUUUAGGUAUAGGGGCGAGUUCAAUUUGACUGACUGUUCUACAAUGAUUCGUAGUAUUGCAAUUUGAUCUGUGCAUGAUCUGUUUUGGUGGAAGCCAGCCUGUUGAUCUCUUAGCCGCUUGCUAUGUUACCACUGUCUUAUUGGUAUCAAUGUUAUAAAUUAAUUUUACAAUUUUUCUUAAUUUCUGUACAUAAAUUGACCCUUUUAAUUUUUUACAUUACGUCAGUUUCUAGUGAUUUGAGAGAACAUUCUUUGGAUUAGUCCUCUGGCUCCUUAGAUAAUAUUUGCUCAGUUGCAGAGUAUGAUUUUGAGGCUUCAACAACCUAUUUUGACUCAUGUUCAGUAUUAAAGGGAUUAUAAUAUUAUUUUAGUUGUAAAAAUUAAUUUCAAACAAAGAUUUGUGGACUCUCUACAACCUCUUUAUCAGGCUAUGUGUUUGUAAACAGGAAAUAGCUCAUCAACAAAUUGCUUUGAUUAGAUAAAAGGGAAAAAAAGUAAAGAAAAUUGAAAAUAUGAUAUUUAAUUCUGAAUCAAAUGAGACUUCUAAGUUAUCUCUACUGUUAUCACUGUUAUAAAUAGAGGAGAUCUGAAAGAGAUGUAUAUGUGACAUGUAUAUACUGGCUAGAAGAGAACCGAGUAUCAAAAUUUAUAUAUUGUUGUCACAUCCAUGCAGCGUCUUGAUGGCAAUUUUACACCUUACAUUUAAUUGGGGAAUGGUUAUUGGGUAAAAAAAUAUUUGUAAAUAUUUACUUUACGUAUAACUAAAGGGCUGUGUAUAUUUAAGUUUUCAUUGUAUUUCUAUUUUUAUAUAUUUUCUGUUUUUACUUAACAUAGGAGUCAUACACGAUAUUACAUCUACUUAUAGAAGUGGUGAUGAAGAAACUCCUAUAUCAAUCCCAGAUGAUGAUUGUAAGUAUAUUUUAUGA